UAAAAAUCCAUGAUUUUUGUGGUUUUCAUCACCUACAGAAAACAUUCAUUAAAUUCUAUCAUCUUUGUAAGUUUUGAGUUGGGGAACUGUCGAACGCCGACCUUGCAUCAACAGAUCAAAAACUGUGGCUCCAAACAGUCGACAAGUCAUCCGAGAUUAUGUCCGACCCGCCUUCUCCAGAACUCUUGACGAUACCAAGCAAACCUUCCGCUCCAAUCUCACACACCUUCUUGCCAGCCAUUAAUCCACCAUCAUCGCUACAGAAACAACUCAUCGUUUUCGUCAAUGGCCUCGGUCUCCCGGCUUCCUCUUGGCUACCUGGCAUCCAAAUUCUCCACAGCACCAUCAAGUCCUGCCCCCCAAUCUUAACCUAUGACCGCUACGGCCAAGGUCUCACCACAGCCAGAGAUCCCCUCGACACCCAAAAGCCACUAGGACACGACUUCAUCGACGUAGCUAAGGACCUCCAUGAAAUCGUCACCACUAUCGCAACUACUAGGCUCGGUCUCCAAAGAUCCGAUCUUGAAAAAGGAAAACUUCAUUUACUUCUUAUAGGCGCUUCUAUCGGAGCACCAAUUGUUCGGCUUUACGUUCAACAUCACCCCGGCAUUGCGGCUGGAAUCAUCCUUCUCGAUUCGAACAUUGCUGUUGAUUAUAGUGCCGUUUGGCCGGAUCCUGAUGCGCCUGGGUUUGAUCCCAGCUUAGUUGUCUCUGACGAUUGCACGCUCGAGCAAUAUCGAGUUGAGAGGACGAAGGUGGCUAUGAUGUUUGAUUUGAAGGUUAAGAAUUCGGAGGGUUUGGAUCGGAGUAACUCUGCUCUUCUGGUGCCUCAUGCGGAUGCUCCGAAGUUGAUGGGAGUCAAUGGUAAAGGCCCUUUAUUGACGGUUGUUGGUCAUGAUCCGGAGACUUUUGCUGAGAUGAGUUUCAUGAUGAUGGGGACGCCAAGGAGCUUGAGUCGAAAGUUGACGAAUCCGUAUUGGGCGAGGUAUAAUGAGGGUCUCACCAAGAUUACUGAUGAAGACAAGUGUGAUGGAGUUUUGAUUGCAAAGGGUUGUGGCCACUUCAUUCAAAAGGACGACCCGAGGGUUGUCGCAAAGGAAAUCGGGAGCAUGAUAGAAAAGCUUGAAUGGUAAGCAGAGAUGGUGACUUGUCUCAAUGUUCCCUCGGUUCGAGAACAAUCUAAUAUGUCGAUAUCGCUUUUAAUGCCGUCCAACAAGAAAGUAUGAAAGUAUCACAGCUUGGCUCUUGGAUCC